CCUAUAAACUUCCUUGAGCUUUGUUCCCCAUCAUCCUCCUAUAUAUCUCCUUAUACUCCUCUUCUGCUUCUACUUUCUAAUUAGCGAAGGGCUUUUACAGUUUUAUACUUAAGAGUCUAUUUGUUAAUCACGUACAUUGUUUUGAUCCAAAAAAAAAGAAAAAAAAAAGAAAAAUGGUGGCCGUAACCAGAGCAGAUGAGAGGCUGGGAAGUGGUGCCAAACUCAGUAUCCCAACCAUUGAUCUUAAGGGCAUCGAUAGCAACUCAGUUUUACGAACUGAAGUUGUCGAGAAAAUUCGAGAUGCAUGUGAGAAUUGGGGUUUCUUUCAAGUUCAAAACGGAAUUCCUGUUGAAGUUUUGGAGAGGAUGGUGGAUGGGAUACGUGAGUUCCAUGAGAAGGAGAAUGAGCUUAAGAAACAGUUGUGUUCAAACUCAAAGGAUUCUGGGAACAAGGAGCAGUAUAUGUCCAACAAUCGCUUUUUCAAAUCUUCACAAGGAAACUCGAGGGAUUCGUUUGUGUGCUAUAUGGCUCCUGAUCCAACCAAACCAGCAGACGAAUUACCCUUAGCGUGCAGAGAUAUAGUGAAUGAGUACUCAAAGCUAGUGAAGGAUUUGGGAUUUACUUUGUUUGAGUUGCUUUCCGAGGCUCUUGGGCUUAAGCCAAACCAACUUAAGGACGCGUACAUGGAUUCUGUUGAAGGGCUUUCUAUUAUGGGUCACUACUAUCCACCAUGUCCUGAAACAAAAUUGACUAUGGGCACCGGCAAGCACACUGAUGGCUGCUUCAUCACCGUACUUUUACAAGAUCAAAUGGGUGGCCUCCAAGUUUUGUAUGAGGAUCAAUGGAUUGAUGUUCGCCCCAUCCGUGGAGCUCUUGUCGUCAACGUUGGAGACCUUCUGCAGCUCAUCUCAAAUGACAAGUUUAUUAGUGUUAACCACAGAGUUAUCGCGCAGAGUGUAGGCCCAAGAGUUUCUGUGCCAACCUUUUUCAGACCACAUGCAGAAAAUCCAAAAGCUUAUGGACCAAUCAAGGAGUUGUUAUCAGAAGAAAAUCCCCAAAUCUAUCGGGAAACUAAUGUUAAAGAUUAUCUGAAGCACUAUCUCUCAGAACUGGUAAAAGGGAACUCCGCAUUAGAUAAUUUCAAGCUAUGAAGGAUUAUAAAAGCGCUUUGCUUUUGGUUCUCGGUACCGUUGUUAGUUUCUCUGUCAUCGUGGCUCUGUUGGCUGCAGGCUGUGCCUCUGGUCCUAUGACUAGGAUUUUUAUUUUUCAGUGUCCUUUUGCUUUUUAUGUUAGGCCCAUUUGUUUGGUCGUCUUAUUUGUGGUCUCAAAUUCUGUCUGAGUCA